UUCGAGCGCAAAAAAAAAAAAUCCCUCCCUUGUUGUACCCCUUUCUCAAAUCAAUCCCGAACCCUCGACCGCCAUGGCGACGACGACGACAGCAGACUCAAUCCCGGUCAUCGACCUCCGCCUCCUCACUCAGUCUGAAAUUAACAACCUCGCUCUCUCCUCCACCAACUCCUUCAACCUCGAAACCCUCUCCGACGUCAUCCCCAAGAUCGACCGCUCCGUCUUCAACGAGUCCGCCGGCAGCCGAAAACAGACCUACUCUCGCCUCCCUCUCUUCCAAAAGCCCCAAUCUGAAACCCUAAUUUCCCAAUCUCAAACCCUAGAUCCCCCAUCCGAUCCCCCAAAUCCUCAAUCUCAGCCCCUCCCUCGCCGCCGCGGCCGCCCUCGCGUCCUCCAGAUCGUCACUUUCCUCAAGAAACUCUUCGAAUCUCGCGGAAGUCGCAGCUACGUCAAGAGCAACAAUGUCAAUGUUGUGAGCUCUGCUUCCGUUCUGGAUAGGGAUAAGGAGGUGAGGAAUGGGAAAGGGGAGACGGUGGACUUGGUGGUUUUGGCGGGAAAGGCGGAUCUUUAUGGGGAGGAGAUCAGGAGACGGACGGAUGGGCUGCAGACGGAGGAGCAGUUGCUGGGGUAUAUGACUGGGCUCGAUGGGCAGUGGGGGAGUAGGAGGAAGAAGAGGAAGGUGGUGGAUGCGGCGGUUUUUGGGGAUGGGUUGCCGAAAGGAUGGAAGAUUUUGUUGGGUUUGAAGAGGAAGGAUGGGAUUGUGUACUUGAAUUGCCGGAGAUAUGUUAGUCCAAGUGGAAAACAAUUUAUGUCCUGCAAAGAGGUUUCUUCAUACAUUCUCUCUCUUGAUGGACAGCAAGAUGCUGGGCAAACAGUUUCUGGUCAAAUUGAUGACUGUGCCCCAAGGAUGGACAAACCAACUCCUGGAAGUGUGUCAGGUCUUAUCCAUGCAGAGGACAGCACAAAUCCUAUUUCCCAUGUUUCCGCUGAAUGUGAGAAAAAGGAGGGUCGAUUAUUUGGGGUCAAGAAUCAGGCAGUGGCUGAACGUGAUAACUCUUUAGAAUGUCACAAACGCAAUAUAACCUUUGGUGAUAAGGAUGCACAUUUGCAACAGUUCUCAACCUUCCAUCAGAGAAAUGCAAAGAGACGUAAACUUGGACAGUCUCUUACAGAUGGUGUGAUAGUAAAAGAUGGAAAAUAUGAAUGCCAGUUUUGCCACAAAACUUUCAUGGAGAGACGUCGCUAUUAUGGGCAUAUUGGAGCACAUAUAAGAUAUGAAGGUUUAAGUGUUGAUGCAUCGCCAUACGAUACGGCCGCAAGGACAAACAAUGAUUCUUCUUACUUGGCUGUAAUACCACUUGCUUCGUCGAAGAUGAAUAUUUUGGCUAAUAAACAUGAAACUACCAAAUCGGUUCACAGUCAAAAACAUUUUGGUUCUCCACAAUGUAUAUCUGAAGCGGAUACAAAUGGAGCUAACCAUGAUCCGAAAUUACCUGAAAUUCCUGAAGCUAUCUCCAGUGGCUUUAAGGUGGAAAUUGAACAUAAUAACUCAGCAGGUGCAUUUGGAAUUAUUUCGCAUGCCUCCAACGAGAAUAAAAUUGAAUGUAGUCCAAAGGAAGAUGCAUUUGGAAUUACUGAGGCUGCCUUCAGUGAGAACAAAAUUGAAUAUGAUCCAAAGGAAGGUGGAGCUGAAAUUGCUAAAGUUAUGUCUAAUAGUAUAUCUGUUGAUAGACAGAUUGAAGAUGAUGAUAUAACUCGUGACCAAUGCCAAGGGAGUACUAAGGCUGAAGAUUUUAGAAGUGGCCUGAAUGAUGCGUCUCAGAGUUGCUCACCUGUUAUAACUCAAGAACCCUCAAGAAUAGAAUCUGUUCAGAACCAAAUAAAUGAUUGUGAAAUGACUGGUGAUACAUCUGGAAUUAUCGAGGAUAACAGUGUCCAAGAUGGAAAACAUAAUGUAUGUCUGGAUGCUAGAAGUCCUACUCUUGUGGAGGAUGCUACAACCAGCAAGAUCAUUGGUAAAGCUGGUUUAUCUUCCUCCAAGAGCAAAAAUGUCAAUGAUGACAAUAGUGAUCACACUAUAGGUGCCUAUAAAUCUGAGAAACUGGCUGAUCCUAGGAACUCAACAAGUAUUGAAAUUGCUGAAGAAAUCACCUCAAAGGAAAAAAUUGUGCCUGCACAGUUUAAUUGUGACAUCACAGAUUAUAAAUCUGAUGUGAUGGAAACUACAGAUGCUAUGAACAUUCAAUCUAAUACAUGCAUGGAUGCAUUGACAUUGGCACCCUCACUUAUCAAUGUUGAUAGCACUAGCUACAAUACUGUAGAUCCUUCUCCUUGCUCUAUGGCUUCCAUGAUUGAUGAUUGUAAUGGGCAUCAGAAAGUAUGUGAAGGCCAUCUUUUUCUUUCUCCAUCUGGCAAUGGGCCAAGCUAUGGUGUAGAAGCCUAUUCAACGGAUAUAUUUACAUCUAAAGCAGAAGAACAGGUGGGAUGGGAUACAUCUAACGCUGAAAAAGGCAACACUGGAAGUGACCAGACUUUAACCAAUAAAGAUAUUGGUAUUGCGAGCACCACAAGUAAUGAACUUAGUACCAGUUAUAUAUUUACCAAUAUUGCCAGUGAACCUACUUCUGGAAUUGAGACAAAUGCAGAAUGUAUGUUCUCUGGUGAUCUGAACGAAUCUUUGCUUGAAGGAAUUGAUACAGUUGAUAAUGAGCUGCAAGAUUAUUUUCGUGACAGCAGUAUACGUAAUGAGGAAGCUGCAGGUGACAUCAUGGGCAGUUGCCAUGGAAGACAAGCUCUGCAGUUUACUGUGGCUGAUCAGGCAUCAUCAUGGGUGCAGUCAUCUGAUAGCCUUCCUAUCCUUGACAUGAUUCCGGAUCAGGGUCAAGAUGAGCUUCGUGGUACACUCCCGAGAAACGAGCGAGCAAACAUAUCGGGUUUUGAGGAACUGAGGCUAGGAAGUAUAGAACCUUCAGACUUUGUUAUCUUCACCGAUCAAGCAUCAGAACCCUCAGAAGUAGCAACAAGGUCAUCAAUGGAAUUGUUUCCAGAUGACCAGCUAGAUUGGGGCAUGUCCUUAACGAAGAUGGUGAACGCAAGCGUUUCAACUACUGUGUGUGUUUGGUGCAGCAGAGAGUUCAGCCUUGAAGGUAUUGAACCUGAACCACAGUCAGAAUCUCUGGGUUAUAUGUGUCCAGAUUGCAAGGCUAAGAUUUCAGGCCAAUUGGGCUUGUUAAACAAUGGAUUUUCAUAGCCAAGAAAAUGACAUGCUUCUCCCUUCAGGGAAAAAUAUGCCCUUCACUGAACGUAUAUUACUCUCUAACUUUAUUUUUACUUUAGGUUGAUUUUGAUGCCUGUGAUUGCUGUACUUUCAGGCUCCUUUUUUGUAUUUAUUAACGCAUGCUAUGUAGCUGGUAACUCGAAGAUGGUAUACCCAGUGAGCUUGUUCUCCUGAAUUUUGUAACAUUGAGGACCCAGCGAGCUUGUUCUCCUGAAUUUUGUAACAUUGAGGUUUCCUGUACUUGAUGGGGUCUCUGAAAAGAAAUGGUGCUGAUCUUGGAAAUUUGGAAGAUACAAGUCAUUUGUA